GUUCAGUCAAAACAAUUCAGACUGCCCGAAUCUGAUUCUUCAGGUUAUGGGAAGUUUUAUUAAAAGCAAGUUUCAAGAAACAAAAUUGUUUCCCCAGUUCCUCUCACAAGGUUAACCACAUUCUGCUUCAGCAUUAGAAGAUUUUUAAAAAUCCCAAUAAAACUACAAGCCACUUGGAGUGUUAUUCUCCUCUUUCCCGAAGUGUUAAUCAGACGCUUCGGUGACCCUGAGAAGGAGGGAGCGUCCCUGUAAGCCCAGCCACCGCAUUUCUCCGAUUACACCAGCAGCCCUUUGUGCCCAGAAGCAAUCCGGACAGAGCAGGCUGGUUUGGUGCGAUCUGGAAGGCUGUUGUAAUAACUGACAGACCGAAAACACAGGGAAGGGUUUGGCAGCUGUAUAAAGCUCCCUCCGAGCUCCAGUCCCUGCAGAAGGGCACCAGCCCCAGCAACCAGCAUGACCAGCCAGUCUCAAGGAAUCCAGCAGCUUCUUCAGGCAGAAAAACGUGCCAAGGACAAGCUGGAGGAAGCCAAAAAAAGAAAGGGAAAGAGGCUGAAGCAGGCCAAAGAAGAAGCCAUUGCUGAGAUAGACCACUACCGGCUGCAGAGGGAGAAGGAAUUUAGGAAUAAGCAAACAAAUGUAAUGGGCUCCCAAGGUAACCUCUCUGCUAAAAUAGAAGAGCAAACAACAGAAACCAUCCAAAAACUCACCAGCAGCUACCACAAGAACAAGGAGAGCAUGAUGAAAAAGCUUUUGAACAUGAUAUACGACAUCAACCCUGAAGUCCACCCAAACUUCCGACAUGCAGCUUAAGAUCAGCUAUGUGCUGGAGAAAGAUGUUUGUAAAAAGUUGGCUUCUUUCUUGAUAACCAUAGAUAUUUCCUCCUUUAUUGUGUCUGUAUUUGUGAGAGAAAGAACACUAAAGCCAAAAGUGCACAGUUCCAGAAAGGUUUUUGAUGUGACAAGAAUUAUACAGAGUUUCACAAGCAUUUGUUGGAAUAUUGUUUUUUCCUGGUGGUAGCUAAGCCCCUGUCAUUUGAACGGGGGCAAGUCAAUAACUGCAGAAAAACGAUUAUUUGACACCAGCAGCUUUUCAGUGGGAGUCUUUCUUUCUUUUUCUCAUAUAAUAUGUUCUGUACUAAUGUGUUGUUGCAUAAAAUCUGUUUAUCCCAAUCUUUAGUGUACUCCUAGUCAUGUGAAACAGAACUCCACAAAAAUAAAAAAUAAAGCAUUUCUGUUUUCCUUGUGAC